UCAUUCAUGAAACCUUUUCUUAUUUUUAUUUUUCUCCAUCAUAAAAUAAAUACCUUAGGCAGUGGCUUGGCAUUGGCUGCAGCAGCAGCAGCAGCAGCAGCAGCAGCAGCAGCAGCAGCAGCGCCCUCCUCAUAAAAAAUACCAACUACACUAAUAAGUGAAAAAACAAAAGGUGGUAGAUGCAUGAGCCACAAUACAAUAUCCCUUACCCUCUUUAACACGCUCACAUCCUUCCUUUACCUACCAUAGAAAUCCCCUCUUGUCUCUUCUCUCCCGAUUUUACCGUACAUAACCUCACUUGAUCUCUGAUCAUUCCCACCACCAGCAGCACCACCUUGUCUCUCUCUUUUUUAAGAUUGGCCUUUUUUUCUGAUCCAAGGAGAAGGUGAUAAAUGCUAAAGGCCAUCUUCCUUGCCUGUGCAUUGAUACAAAGAUUUUAAUCUACCAUGGUUAGCUUACGGAGGCGUAAACUCUUGGGACUUUGUGCUGGAAGAAGUUCUUUCCUGACUCCACUUCCUCGAUUUUUUGACAACGGAACUGCUCCUGUAGGUUCCACUCAGAAUGGCAGGUCUGUCAGUGUGCAUCCUCUGCCAUCAGAUGAUGCCAACCAGCCAGAGGAGAAAACCAUUGCAAAAGUGGGAGCUGGCUCUUCAAAUGUUUCGGCUUCUAGCUCGUCAAAAGAGCAGCGAUCUCAAGCAUAUCCAGAGCAACCAGUUAAACGCAGAAAGAGACACAGGAGGAAACAUGUUCAGAACCAGGAACCAUGCCUGAUGAGAGGCGUCUAUUUUAAAAAUAUGAAAUGGCAGGCAGCAAUUAAAGUUGACAAGAAGCAGAUUCACCUAGGGACUGUUGGUUCUCAAGAAGAGGCUGCUCGUUUGUAUGACAGGGCUGCUUUCAUGUGCGGGAGGGAGCCCAAUUUUGAGCUCUCAGAGGAGGAAAAGCAAGAACUUAGGAAAUUCAAGUGGGAUGAAUUUUUGGCAAUCACUCGCAGUGCAAUUAACAAUAAAAAACACAAGAGAAGGAUCGGGGCAGGUUUGCAGAAGAGAUCAGAGACCACAUUGCAGGAUGGUGACUGGGAUGCCAAGGACGGACUCAAUGGCUUUUCAGCUUCAGAAGAUGUGGAACCAGACUCAUCAGCCUCUUGAAUAUUCUAGUUUCAGAACGAGACUGUCAAUCCCACUCUAACAGUUUAGCUCUCCCUCGUCGGCCGCCUCUGUUUUUUUCUUAUGCGCACAAGCCCCUAUUAGGGCUUAUGAUGGUAAACUUCAUCUUCCAGUAAGCAUAUAUUUACAAAUUUAACUCAAUAAGGAGACAGAGAGUGCAGUAUUUACAUGCACUGUUGCUAAAGACACUACCAUCACUUGGAGAGCUAUUAAAUACACGGAAAGUUCCCUUUUUGGUCCGGUGAUUGUUCCUCCCAACUCGGAAGCUGGAAGCUGCAGAAUGCUUGAAACUUGGCUUGUAGAAGAAAAAUUCCGUUGUAUGAUAAUGAAAAUGAUCUCUGCAGUUAAUGUUAAUACUGUUUUUGCCA